AUGCGUGCGGAUAAUCACGGCAUCAGGUUCGAAUGCUUUCACUUGUUGGUCAACUCGUUCCUGGGCGCCGCUGUUGUGUCAGAGGCCACGCUUGUAGAAGUUUUUGAGAAGCUGGCAGAAUCGAUUGACGUCCCAGUUAUCCAGGCGCCCGACGGUAACGAGGUCAAGGAUGCGCUGGCGCUCGCAGCUGAGAUCCAAGGCAGCUUCGACGUGGUCCAGCGCCCGAGCGUCUCUGUCUACUACGAGAUGCCCAAGUACGAUUUAGCAGUGCAGAUGGUGGAGCGAGACAACGAACUAACACUCUUGCAGUCCGAACUCAAGCAGGUGAAACGACGGCUGGCGACGACGGAGCAGCGCUUGGGGCUACACACAAAAAAAUCUCGGAUCCUACGCGACACCCACCGUUCACUUGUGCAGAAAACGAACUUCAGACCAGGCAAGCGCUGCGUCAGCAUAUGGGGCGGCUACCAUUUGGCGUACAAGAGGUCUCACGGCUGCAGCAGCGCACGAUCUGUCGUGGCCAUGUGUGCUGGCGAGGAGUGGCAGGGGUCCUUCACAGACGGCGCCAAGAACAUGGUCAUCCGCUUCGAGCAUAACCUGUCCAUUGCCAGGACCGUGGUCGUCAAAUCAUUCUAUGACUCGGUCAAUCACUUGCACGCGACAUCGAAUGAGAUAUGCAUCAACUACGCGAGGGCGGCUUCUCUGGACAGUGGGGAUAUGGUGGCGUUGAUUGGGAGCAAGUUGUUCAGCUUCGAAUUCUUCAUGUUCAGGGGCGACGCCACGAACCAAGAGGCAGUCGACAAGGCAAAAGUGUGGACAGGUGAAGCCAGUUACAUUGCAACAUGCCCAGAGGCGCUGAGCGACAUCAGCAGCGACACCAACUUCGACAGUGACGACCUCAAGCUGACAUUCUUUCGGGAAGUGCUGGACUUGCAGACAGUUCGGACGGGCGGUGCAAAAGAAACCACAGACUUGGUGACGCGACAGUUUCGCAAUGCGGGGCUUCCGACGUGGAUGGAGGCCGCAUGCCGAGAUGGACCUAGCUUUCGGAGUUAUCAUUUUUGCUUAGAUAGCGGACCUGACUGUGUAGGCCUCGUUCGAGCUGCAGUCGCAGCUGUUUCUAACGUCCGUUGGGUGAUGAUAUCUAGUUAUUUUUGCCGCUUCCAUCAGAACGCGCUGAUCCAGCAGAGCAUGGUUGAUAUCACGAACAAUUGGGAAUGGCAUACGCCCUGGGGAUCUUCUUCGUUUCUUUCUGGUUUGAAGGUUAUCGCGAACACUCUGAGAGGCGCAGGCGUCCCACGGAAAGUCAGAGAAGCAGCUGCCGAGCUCAAGUUCCCACCCAAGGUUGUCAAAGAAUCUGUUGGCAACACCAUUCAUCGGGUUAUCGCGACGCGGUGGGGCUCCGUUGACGACAUCGAGAUGUACUUGAGGAAUGGUCGGCAUGUACUUGGACCCGCUGUCAGACGCACGUGGCCGAAGUUCGACGACACAGACGCAGACAAGACAAAGAAGAAGACAAAAAAGCUGGACGGUGAGGACGCUGAGUGGUACGAGAAACGCCGAAACUACCGCCAGACCACGGUUGCCUUGUUGAAUGACAAGUUGUUUUUGGGGACAGCUGAGAUCGACCUCGUCGCGAAGGGGCCCCUUGCUCAUUUCCAGCGUUGGGCGCAGCAGGAGAGCAAGAUUGAGCGAGAACACCGAUCGGAAGCAUCAAAGCAAGGGACCGCCUACACGGGUCCAACCUUCGUUUCUAAGUUCGUGUCGGGCAAGGCCAAGGUUAUCUUAGACGAGUUCAACGCCCUCCUGGACGACGACGCCAUGCUGACGCACUGGGUCGGCACCUGGAGUCUGAUUCGAGCUGACGAUGUACCAGAACAUGUCGAGGAGGUUCGCAACGCCAAAAGAAACUUCACAACAAUGAAAAUACACCAGUUGGUUUUGAGUUUUCGGUUCGUUUUCGGUGGUCUGAUUUCGUUUGGCGUUCGGACCUCCUCGAAGGCAUUGUGCUUGAUCGUGACCUUGGUGGUGCGUGGCGCUCUUGAUUGGGAACGACGGAUGUACGACCCCACGCAGAGGUUCCCACUCGACUUUCUCAACGUCUUGGAGGCGGACCCUGAGGAGGCCUCGGCUCCUCGCAAAGCCUUAGCCCAUCGGUUGAUGACUGCGUCCAAGGAGAACUUAGAGUGGCAGGAUGGCGUGUACAACUCCUUCAGCUUCAAGUUACGUGCCAUGUUCUAUGAAGAUUUCGUCAUCAUGCAGGGCACUGGUAAGUGCACGAGGAUGGUAUGGAUAUUUCUUUCAGGCUGGCGUGCGUUAUUCAAUGGCGAGACGCAGGAGAUCGAGGGCUGGAACAGUACGUUGAAGAAUAUGUGCGAACGGGCUCCACGCACUAAGGUGAGACUGGCAUCAGAUCGCCUCAAGAACAGAGUUGGCGAACGGACUCCCACCGACGAGGCCGUCGCAGUGCACAAGAAGGUCGUCGAGUUCUCAAAGACAGAUGCGAACAUGUUCCGCUUCAGCCCCCUCACAGACAAGGAGCGCGAUGCCAGCGCAGGGCCUCAUCCUGAUGCUGUCCCUCUUAUUGGAUCGAGCAAUGCGUCCACCACGCACUUCGUCGGUGACCUGCCCGACAAUGCCAGAGAAGCACUUCCGAUAUCUUAUAGCAUAUUUGAUGUGACUGACUUGGGAGCCAGGUAUGCGUAUGUGAUUGUCGGCCCAGACGCACCUGAUACACGCGCACUUGCUUUAGAUCGCAGCGUCGUAUUCUUGGCGGGGACUUCGCACUACAAGACGAUGUAUUGCGCAACUGGCCACGUGGACGAGCUAUGCCAUUUUCACUUGCACGUUCCAAUUGUCAAACGUACUGCGUGUGCUCUGGUUGGUGAGGCCCUACAUGCAUUUCACCCUCUUCCAGCUGGGCGGAAGCAGCGUCCUCGCUUGCAUCUGGUCCAGUACAUGUUGUCGUGGACGUCGUUGAAGGCCGCCUCGGUGAUCGCUGACACUGCCCAAGUGACGCCGCUGUUCAAGCGGGCCUACAAUGGCCCCAAGAAAAAGAAUACACACACAGUCGACGCCGAGGGCGGUUUGCCUGACAUGCUUGAGGACGACGACGGCUUCUCUGAGGAGCUUGAACGAUUGAUUGCCCAGGACGCCAUGGAGGAGGAGUGCGAGGACCUCGAGGGCGCCAGCGAGGGCCUCGACAGCGACGGCAAGGAUACGGACGUUGAGGACGACGCUGGAGAUCGACAGCCUGACCCACAUAACCAUGCAGGGCCUGAUAAAAGCGACGUCUUUGACGCCAUCUCUGGCGACCACCGAGCUGAGCUUCUCCGCAACGUGAGGGGCGCAUGCGAGGCAAGCCGCACAUCUGCUCGGGACGCGAUGUACUUCGCUGAGGACUACGGCUUCAGGACUGACAUGUCAGAUGCUCCAGAGCGGGGCUUGGUAUCGUUGGUUGAAUUGCGAACAGUUGCAGAAGAUGGUCAAGUUCAUUACGAUGUUGUCUUUGUUGCUUGGGAGGGCGUUGGCAGGUCUGCAAAAAUAGCAAGGGUGGACCUCGAGCACCUGUGGUUCAAGUAUAACGUGCCGUUUGCGACUGAGCAUCUCAAGAGGGAGUGCGACAGGGACCACUGCAACAUCAUCAUCGGGAACGUGCCUGUCAGGAUCACGCGGCCCAAGGACUUGCGUGAGCGUGUGCCUGAUUGGUGCUUGCUAAUUAUGAAGGCCUUCGCGGCCGAACUGUUUUCUGGUCCGAUUGCUCGCGACUGUCUCUUCAGUUGCGACGCUCCCUGCGUUUUUUGUGCGUGCGCAGACACCAUGGGCAUGGAUGUCAGGGUCGUCGGCGGCGGUGGUGCGCAGCCCGUAGAGCACUUUGAUUCGUACAUAUGUUCCGAGUGCGUUGUGUACUGGCACAGCGCGUGCGCAGAGAACGUGGCACGUGCUUUUGGGAUGGGGCUACUCCCAGCGAUGGCAGCUGCCAGCUCCCAUGGCGACAUGGCGCUCGUGCCCAAGGGGCCCGAGCCCAAGAUUGCAGACCCGUCCACGUUGUUCCUUAACGACCGUGCGAGGUUUCCGACGAUAUACGACAGGUUCGUCGGCUACGUGGCGGGCCCCGAGCUCGAGAAUCUAGUGUUCAGGCUGUACGCGCGUCAACCCCGAUGGCUGCCCCUCGUGCACGAGGGCAAGUUCACCAUGACCAGGGACCCUGCCAACAGGUGCAAGUCAGUUGAGACGAUUGGCAUAUGCAAGGUCCGUAAGGGGCCAUGGGUAAUUCCAGCAGGCGAGAAUCAAUGGACUGUUCUACACUGGGCGAGCUUGCUUGAAGGUGCCAAGAUGGCGAUGGAGAAAGAUCCCCACAAGAAAAACAGGACGGUUUGGAUCGCUCUCGAGGCCGGUUGUGACUCUGCUGUGGAGUUCGACCCGAACUUACCAGACGAUGUGAAAGACUACGUCAUCGAGCUAGGCAACGCCACCAACGCCAGCACUUUGGUGGUUACGGUGCUCCAGGUGUUCAUGUCUACCGAGACGAUUCUUUCUGGAUGGGCAAUCCAGAAGGAAAAGGUAACUGCUACUGGUGACGGUUGUGGCGGGGCGCUUACGCUCUACGCUCGCAGGCAUGCCUAUGCCAACACUGUAUUCUCUGGCCGCUGGCGCUCACAGAACGCGCUCGACGUGACGAUCAACACCUACAACCUUUUGCAGACAACGAUGACAUCAGCAGGCAUUUCAAUUUGGGAUCAGAUGGUAUCUUAUUUCGAGACAAAGGCUGACUACAUGCAUGAGUACAUGAAGGACACGAACGCGGUCAUCCAGAACAUCAGUUGCAUUUGCAAGGUGCUGUGCUCUACUUAUCCCGACUUCGUCGUUCCUGUCGUUGCCCUCGUGAUCCCGCACCUCGAGUCUGAACCCCUCGGGGCGUGCCCAGCGCUGCCAGAUGGCAUUCCGCAGGGCAAGUUGCGAAAGCUGUCAGAGGCCAUGGUGAGGAACUUACUGGCGAGCAUGGCCGACAGCGCGACUAUGAAGGCGAAGGUCUCUGCGGGGUGCGCGUGCGCAUCGGAUGGGGACAACGACGUGUCUUUCCUGAGUGACGUGAUCCAGUUCACCGCGAUGCUCAAGCACAAGCUGAACGUCCCCCAGGACAACCUGAACGCAUACUCGUCGAUCCUGUGCUUCUGCCAGCUGCAGGGAGAGAUACAAGUUCCAGGGAAUGGCAACACCCCAGCGAGGACGAUCAGCAGAUACACCGCGAUGAAGCGCCACAUCAUCAACGCUGCAUUCAAAGCAUCUGGCAUGGCAAAGAAGCCCAGCGACCUUGAGAUCUACUACGCCGACGCAGGGGACGACAGCCAGCUUGCAGAGUCGCCCAGCAAGGCGCCUCUGGAGGAGAAGACUGACGAGACGCUCUUGGACACCUUCAAGACCUUGCAGGACAACGGUUCGGCGGCCCGCAUGAAGUCCUACCUGAUGGUGAACCCGAUCGACAAGCCGAUCCAGUUGCACAUGGCAGUCUGCGGGAUUACGAGCAAGGUCUACACGUCUAUGAUUGGAGCAUGCGGUGGUGCAGAGGGCAAGUCUGGAACUCCAGAUAGCCAACGUGAGCUGAUCGAAGAGGCCACGAAGCGCGUGGUCACUGCCGUCAUGGAUGAGAUGCCGUUGGCGUUCGACGAGAUAGUGAUAAACUUUGGACAAUUGUCGGAAUUCAAAUUUGCUUUGACAACUGUUUCAACCAGGAGCGACUAUGCCGACACGGAGCUUCUGAGGAAGACGUGCGAAGAGAUGGGCGUGAUCGGGGCCACCGGCCGCAAGAAGCUGAACAUGGUCAGGCUGAACACGUUCUUCGCAGUGUGCAGCACGUUAUCUACGAUGCAGGUCCCCCUCAACGGCACUCCGAAAUACAUGUUUGGCUUGCUGUCUGUGCAGGACGUCUUCAAGAAGAUCGCGGAGUCCAUCGAGAGCCAGCGGUGCGGAGCGCAGGAGCCCAUCGAUAUCAAGAUCAUCACCAAGGCCAUCGACGGCGACGUGUCCAUGGCUGUCUUCGGCGACUGUUUCAGCAAGGCGUUUGCUGAACUGGUGGUGACGGUGAACAAGGUUUGCCCGACCAAGGCGAAGGCGCAUCACACGCUCGUCGCGGGCCUGAGGGGGAAGCUGCAGGGCUUCACUCAUACGCAGAUGAAGGAGUUCGUCGUGUCGCAGGGCUUGCAGAGUAUCGAGGUGCCGCCAUCCAUGGGAAUCUUCUCGUCUGUGAAAGCUGCGCUGGUAGAGGAUGUCAUGACUGCGGUUAAAAAGAAGUGCACCGACACGACCUUGGCAGCCACGAUCCUCGUCGGCAACGUUGGCGACAAGGUGACGAUCCUGCGCGACCAGCUGGCCAAGGCAAGCGCCACCACUACAACUGCGGCGGCAACAGCGGCGGUCGUGGCACCGACUGCGGGGCAGACGACUACUCCAACCAAGACUGCCAAGGAACCAGUCCCCAUCGCCGUCGACGACGGCAAGGGCAUUCCCCAGGGCGACUUCAACCUGACCAGCCUGGGGGUCACGCAGUGGAUCAGCAUGCUCACCGAUGAGGACCGCUCGAAACUAACAUACAAUAUUAAUGACACCAGCUUCCUUCUCGCCCUCACUUCUUCUCCCCGCCUUUCCUCCCAAAUUCGAGAGGAGCUGAAGUCCAACGGGCCCGACCACCUUGCCAUGACCAGCGCGACGAAGGCGCGGGUGAUCGCCUCUGUGCAGGGCCAUUUCAUGCCACCCGCUGACGGACUGCAAGGCCGCUUUCUCCGCGACGUGCUGAUUGACUUUUCCAGGAAGAAGAGCGUGGGGACCUUGACAGCUCGUCUGGCGGCAGACGCAACGACCACGGAGGCUCCCGAGUUCGUUUGUUGGGGCAGGGUGGUAGAUGCGAUCGCUGCGAGGAGCCUUCCGCGUGGCACUCUGCUUCCACUGGGGACAAGCAAUGGUUUGAGUUUGUUCCUGGAUGGCUCGAAGCUCCUCAACCCUUUGGUUUCAGACGCAUGCAUCGCAUGGAUGCUCCCGAUGAUCAAGGACGACGUGGACGGUGAGACCAACGCCGAUGCUGCCCCCUUGGUGGACAGCGCGGCCAACCCUGAGGCUGGUGCAUGCGCAGCUGGCAGCAGCAGCGGUGCCCAGCCGCCCAGCAAGAAGCGCAAGGGCGCCUCCGCUGCCAAGGCGCAGCAGGCGCAGCAGGCAGCACCCCCAGCAAAACCACAGCCGAAGAAGGCUGGCAAUCGCAAGAAGCUUUCUCACACGCACUCUGUCGAAUUCGAGACCGUGCAAUUUGAUGUCGAGGUCGACUCGACUGCCAAGGUUUUCACUUUCGAGAGGCCUUUCUUGAAAUCCAACCGCCCCCUCAAAGCAGGCGAGACUCUUCGUCGCAAAGCCUUCGAGUGGACGGAGGCCAACUCCCCAGGCGAGGUUGUCUCGGGCAGGACUGCGUCGGCGCGGAUUUUUGGCAUGUCUUGA